AAGGAGACACGUAGUAUAUUAUUAGAGGAUACAUGGUAAACUUAGAAGUUGAUAGUGAUAAAAGAAUCAUCACAGACAGACAGAACGAAGGUCGAACUACUCACAAUCUAUAUUAAGUAGCCUUCAUGGUUAUAGUGGUUUGCGUGAGGCACUUGAACUUCCCUGAAUAGCUAGGGUUUUGCUUCUUCAGGCCUUUUGUGGUGUUUGAGACCAGCAGCAAAUAAAUAUUAUAGACUGCAAAACAUGGGGAAGAAACUGGAUGCUCUUUUUGGAAGGAAAUUAAGGACCUCUAAAUUCAGUUCUCUAGCUAAACUAGCAGUUUCUAGGAUUGCUAUCCUCAAGAACAAGGCACAGGUCAGGUUUUCACAUGCAAGGUCUGAUGUAAUUCAGCUUCUUAACCUUGGACAGCAAGAACGAGCUCUCCUCAGAGUUGAACAUGUCAUCAAGGAUCAGAAUAUGGUGGAUGCUUUUGUUAUGAUGGAGGAUUACUUACAUUUCCUGAAUGAUAGAGUUGUUCUACUUGAAACAAACAGAGAGUGUCCUGAUGAGCUCAAGGAGGCAGUAUCGAGCUUGAUCUUUGCAUCUUCAAGAUGUGGUGAAUUUCCAGAGUUGCAAGAGAUUCGUGGGGUUUUCGUAUCAAGAUUUGGAAAAGAAAUGGCUGCUCGUGCUGUCGAAUUGCGCAGCAACUGUGGAGUGAAUCCCAAGAUUAUACAAAAGUUUUCUGCAAGACAAGCAAGCUUGGAAAGCAGAAAGAAACUGCUAAAGGACAUCGCAUAUGAUAAUGGUAUCGUUCUGCAUUUGGAGGAAGAUGCUCCAGUGGUUGCACAGGAAAAAAUGGAUGUCAGCCAGCCGAAGCAGCAGGAGCAGCAUGUAGAAGAUUUUAAAUCAACCAAGUUAGAUGUUACUGACUCCCAAGCCAGAACACACGUUUUGCCUGAGGAGGAGCUGUCUGAAUCACUGAAAGGAAGGAAGAAGUACAAAGAUGUAGCUGCUGCAGCUCUAGAGGCUUUUGAAUCAGCAGCUUAUGCAGCACAAGCUGCAAGAGCUGCUGUUGAACUCUCAAGAUAUGAUUCUCGGGACAUUGAACGGGAUGAUCAUGGUGAUUCUAGUCAUGGAAAAGGGACUCUGUAUGAUUCUGAUGGGUCAUUGACACCUGUACUUCAAGGCAGAUAUGAAGCUUCAGAGGAGAACAAGCAAGCUGCAAGAGCUGCUGUUGAACUCUCAAGAUAUUAUUCUCAGGACAUGGAAUGGGAUAAUCAUGGUGAUUCUAGUCAUAGACAAGGGACUCCGUAUGAUUCUGAUGGGUCAUUGACACCUGAACUUCAAGGCAGAUAUGAAGCAGAGGAGAACAAGCUAUCAAAUGAUAGUUUGGUAUUUAACGAAAUAUACACGAUUGACAGUAAUAGUUCUGAAUCAGAAGACGAAAACAUGAAAGGAAACGGAAGAGUGCAUCUUGAGUUUGAAGAGAGCAAAACAAAACCUGGAUUUGAUAGGACACCAUCUAAUUCAAGUUCAGAUUCCGACGGGAACAUGUGGAAUGAGAGAUAUCAACUUCCAGAUUCACUCUCCCACAAUAAGCCAGAAGGUAACGGGAUGGUUUCAUAUUUGGUUGACAAGAAGGCUGAGAGGGAACAAGUGAGCAUUCCAUCACCAAAGCACCAUGACUUGGACUUGUACAGAAAUACUAAUUUACUUGCAGAUGAAAACCAAUACAUCAGAGAGUAUAAUGCAGUUCAUGACGAAGAUGUCUCUUAUGAGGAUGAAAAUAAGCUUCCAUACCAAUCUCCAAAGUGGAUUCCACUCAAAUCUCAUGCCGAUGCCAUGAUAAAUCCCAAAAAAGGAAACUAUGAGUACAAAACCGCAAACUCCACAACUUCUGCUGAGAAUUUAAGUACAAGUUCAGACAUAGACAGGAAGCGUUUAUCAGUGAGGACCAGAAGAGCAAGGGGGGCCUGAAAAGAAUAAGUGAAAGGGACCAAAAUUUUGUUUCCUUGGUUCCAUUCAGUUUUUUGCUAAGCCAUAUGUAUAGGAUUUCAUAAUUUUAUUUCUUCAUAUUUUGUUUCAUAAAUAAUUGGCGGUUUGCACAUUCAAUAUGAAAUAAUAGAUAAGAAAAAUAUUGUUUCCUCUGCUUCA